ACAUUUCCGCACUCUUUCUCUUUUUUUGUUUUUGUUUGCUGGGCCGAACUUUUUUGCCUGCAGUGGCUUAUCAUUGGCUAUUUCUUUCUUGGGUUUCUUACAGUGUCAAUCUUUGCGAUUUCAGUUCUUCUACAUUAAUAUCAUGUCAUCGUUAGCGAGUUUGAUCAAUAGUGUCAAAAGCAACACAGCCAAUAAUGCUCACAUUAGCCGAACUCUAAAACGAAAAGCCUUGACACCAAAAGAGAUAGCAGCACAAAAGAAGCAAAAGAAAGUCGAGAAAAAAAUAUCCAAGGAACCCAAGGUAGUUGUAUUCGACGAUUCAAUUUUACAUAAGAAGUCAACAAUAGAAGAUAAAGCGGAAAGAAAGCGAUUUAUGGAUUCAAGAAUCAACAUACCAGAGAAUCAGAAUAAGCCCGAAGCUAAACAGAAAAUGAGCGAAAAAGAACAGGAGGAAGAAGUAGAGAACGAGAAGAAGGAUGUAGAAUUACAACAACUUAUAGCUACGAGUUAUCUCUUAGAAGAACUUGAAAGAGAAGAAAUGUCUUCGAGGGAUAGACGAAAGGAUACAUUCAAGAAGCUGGAAAAAUUAGGCAUGAAGAGUUCGGGUGGACAAAAGAUGCCAGUUCAAUUGAGACUCAAUAUUAACGCAGUAAAGAAGGAAAGAGAGACCAAAAAGCUUCAGGAAGCUAAGGAUUUGGGCAUUUAUGAUAAGUCAUUGAAGCAUUUGUAUGUCAAAACCUCAAAGAAGAAGAGAGAUCGUGAUCCAGGUAUUACCACUGGUAUUGGGCGAAUGAAGGGUGCUACAUUGACUAUCAGCAAAUCGGACCUGAAUAGAAUUAAGAAUCAAAAGCAUUAAGCGUUGACACAUGACGUCUGCAUUUGUAAAUAUGUAUAAGAUAGCGCGCUACAAUCAAAGUAUACCAGAUUAUUAUUAUUACUAUCACCCCGUCAUUGCAAUACAUUGGAAAUAAAUUGUACAUAGAAUGUUAUAGAGUUAAAUUUGUUCAUAAUAUCAUUAUAUAAGAUAUUUC